AUGGCUGUUGCUGGAGUGCAUAAUGUGACUGCGCUCGAAUCUACUUUCCUGAGGGAAUCCCUUUCUCAGUCAUCUGGGAGGCAAGGAGAUGGAGGGAGGGGAGGCACCCGGUCGUCUUCGGUCUUGCAAAUGUGGAGAGAGAUUGAGGAUGAGCAGGUAGUGAGACAAGUUCAAGGAAGACCUGGGGAGGUUUUACUCCAACAAAGGAGUGAUGAGUUGGUUGUGGACCCCUCACUGGAAAAUAUGCCAGAUAGCAACCAGAGAGAAGCGCAUGGAAUAGAGGAUGCAGGUUUGGGUGAGAAUGAUUCUGAAACCUGGUCACAAAGUCAGAAUGAGUUCCAUGACGAACAUGAGGAAUUAAACAAUUCUAGUCACGAAAACUCCUCUGAUCUUGGAGAAGUUGAAAGGGAAAGAGUGAGGCAAAUAUUCAGGGAAUGGAUGAAUAGUGGCUCUAGGGAUCGGUCAUCGAAUAAUUCCCAAGGAAACAGGGGAGAAUGGCUCGGGGAAACUGAGCAGGAAAGGGUAAGUAUCAUAAGGGAGUGGGUACAGAUGAGUAGCCAGCAGAGAGGUAUUUCUUCUGGAGAAAAUAGAGAAGACCAAUCUUCUGAAACUGCUACCCAAAUUGAAUGUGUUCGUGAUGGAUUUGUUGUUAAUCAGAAUGAGGGUCAAACUGAACAUACACGAAGGGGAAUCCGUAAAUUAUGUGGCAGACAGGUACUGCUUGAUAUGCUUAAGAAGGCUCAGAUGGAAAGGCAAAGGGAAGUUCAGGAAUUGUUGGACCAUCGGGUUGUAUCUCAUUUCCCCCAUCGUAAUCGUAUUCAGGCCUUGCUUAGAGGCAGUUUCUUGAGAAAUGAUAGAUCGAUUGAUAAUAGCAGGUCCACUUCCAUUGCAGAAAGUGAAUUAGGCUUACUGAGACAAAAGCAGACUGUAUCAGGUCUAAGGGAGGGGUUCUUUUUUAGAAAGGACAAUUUUGGUUGUAGUCAAGCAGCCAGUAACCCAUCUGAUACCUCUUCCGUGGGUGAUAUUGAUGUUAAUACAAUCGACCAAACUGGAGCUAGCAGCUCACAAGCAGUCCCAACUGUACAUUCUGAACAAUCUGGGCCUAAUAACAAUGGGAGUGACGGACCUGAGAUACCAUGUGAUAAGAUGUGUUCACAAGUAACCCCUUGUGAGAUAUUAGAUUGGCAAGGCUCUGCCGCUCAUGUAGAAACAAGAGAUUGGGAAUCAUCUUCCAGUAUAAGGGUUGAAAGAGGAGAUGGCGCUGGACAAACUGUUGCUGGUCCGACUGAAGAUCCUUCUGAUGAGCUUACCCAACAAAGCUUGCAAAUUGAAGAUACAGAGGAUGGCAACAUGAUCAUGCAAGACUUAAGCGAGGUACAUACUGAGCAAUCUCAGUGGGGAGAUAUAACUAAUGAUGAAAGCAAUUUAUCAAAUCAAGAUGAUCGUGUAUAUAGCAAUAUUGUUGGUGAUAUAGAUUCGAUUGAAUCUAUUGCUCUGGAAGUAGAACAACAGGAAGAAGUUAUUGUUGAAAAUGAAAGAAGUGACUGGCAUCAAAGUGUGGAUGAUCAUCAGCUCAGUAACGCAACAAAUGAAUGGCCCCAAAACAUAUUGGGUAGCGAAGAUGGAGAAAAUUCUCGUAUGCAAGAGCAAGAAGCCCCUGAAGUGUGGCAAGAGGAUGGUGGCUUUCAAGAGGCUGUGGAAAUUUGGUUAGGCGGACCUUCUGAUAAUGAAGUAGCUCCAGUUGGUAGAAUUCAUGGGUUUUAUUUUCCCGAAGAUGACAAUGUGUACAGUGUUGAACUCAGGGAAUUGCUAAGUAGGAGAAGUGUCUCAAACCUCCUUCGCAGCAGUUUUCGUGACAGUCUUGACCAAUUGAUACAAUCAUAUGUUGAAAGGCAAGGUCAUGCUCAUGUUGAAUGGGAGCUGCAGGAAACAACCCCUUCUUCUCCCUUGGCAGAACAAGACUCAGAGCAACAAACUAGGGAUCCAGUUGUUGGUCCUCAGGGUACUGUUAACAGCUCACUUGACCGACCCUUGCCACCAACGCCUCCACCUCAGCCUUUAUGGGAUCGACACUCUCGCCAUGACAAUUGGUCACAAAGUGACAUAAAUAAUCAGCGCCUAGGAAUUGUGCGUUCAUUUGCGGGACAUAACUGCUUUUCUUUAGCUGAUGAGUGGGAUAUUGUUAAUGACUUGAGAAUUGACAUGGUUAGGCUACAGCAACGAAUGAAUAAUAUGCAAAGAAUGCUGGAGGCCUGUAUGGAUAUGCAGCUCGAGUUACAACGCUCAAUAAGACAAGAAGUCUCUGCAGCCUUAAAUCGCUCAACUGGUUCAUCAGGAAUAGAUGACCGUGUUUCACCAGACGAUGAAUCUAAAUGGGAAUGUGUGAGGAAAGGACUUUGUUGUAUAUGCUGUGAAAGCAAUAUCGAUUCUUUGUUGUACAGAUGUGGGCACAUGUGCACAUGUUCAAAAUGUGCGAAUGAUUUGCACCAAAGUAGAAGAAAGUGUCCAAUGUGUCAAGCACCAGUGGUGGAAGUGAUCCGAGCUUAUUCUAUACAAUAG